AUGGAUGAUCAACCUCCAGACGACGGUCUGAAGUGGUUUGGUGAAGGCUUUGAUGGCUUUCCCAAACGCCUACCGGAUGACUGUGUGGAAUACAUAAUCUACGUCGUCGACCAGAAAUUGAACAACACCAUCGCCGUUCGCAAUCGACUCAACGAGAUACUGAAAGCCGUCAACGAUCUCAAGAAGAAGCACUUGAAGGACUACAUCUGGCAACGAGAUGGUUUUGAGCUCACUGUACACCCAAAGCUCGACCUGUCAAAGCCUGAUAACUCGAGGCCUGCAAACGGACCCUCGCAAACGCCGCCACAUCUUCGAGGGCGAACAGACUUUGGCGACUCAGUCGCAGACGAAUGGAUCAUCGUCUUUCUCCUUGUCGAGAUCAGCAAACGGUUUCGAGAUGCUUGGAUCCGCGUCUACGAUACCGAUGGCGAGUUCCUCCUCAUAGAAGCUGCCAACUCGCUGCCAAAGUGGCUCAACCCAGACGUUGCCGAGAGUCGUGUCUGGCUCAACGAGGGACAUCUCAAGAUCGUUCCUAUGGGACCUGAAGCAUCGCGCAACCUGGCUGUCCAAGAGGCUCUUACCUUGAUCCGCCAAGACCAGGACAAGCUCCUUAUUGAGCCAGCAAUCGAGAAGGAGGCAUUCUACAGACUACGGGAGUAUCCUUCCGCUAUCUCCUCUUCAUUCCACCACGCUCUCAUCACAAUACCAAGAAGACUGGCAUACAUUCUUCACCGCAGUCCAGCGUUCAUUUCCCCAGCCACUGAGUCAUUCUAUCUUCGAGAUCCCGUCAGUCUAAAGCCGCUGAACACGAAAGAUCUCUCGACACUCUCCUUCUCUCCUGAGGACUUCGUCACAAUCAGUGUCAAGUUCACAAAAGUUGGAUACGCUCAACUUCGAAGUCAAGUCUUCGACCCGCCACCGGCGUGGACGGCUGUCAUCCCGCGCAUGCAAGAUGAGAAGGUCGCGAUCGGCAUGAAGCUGACAUGUGGUUUUGAGAUGCUCGUUGCAGACCCGCAGAACCAGGACAAACGAAGUGUCCAAGCCAUUAAGCUGCUUCUGGAAGAUCUUGAGAGCGGCGACGAAACAUUACCCUCGGACGAGGAGAUUGCUGCUUGGCCAAAGACUCAGGAUGAUGAAAAGUGGCUCGACAUCGACUACAACGACUUUGAGAAUGAACUUUCCGGUAAAGGUGGAUCGAAAAAGAAUGCAAACGAUGGAGGUUUUGGCGAUCAAGGCGCACAAGAGAACUUGAGGAAGAUGGUCUCUCGAUUUCAAGAUUUUCUUGAAGAUGAUGAGGCUGGCGCGGAUGGCGUGGACGAUUUGGAUGACGACGACGAUGAUGAGAGUGGCGAUGACGAUGCCGAUGAGGACAAAGAAAAAGUGGACACAUCUGCAGCGGAUGAAAUGGAAUUCGAAAAGUCCAUGAAUGAGACGCGCACGAUGUCGGAGGAUCAUGUCAAGGCCAGUGGCUUGUUAGAGGAGGCGCGCAAACUUGCUUUACAGGAUGACGAGGAUGCCAGUGACUUCGACGAUGAAGAGCAGUUGCAGAAGGUCAUGGAGUUGAUGGAGAAGGAGCUCAAAGGCCACGGUGCUCUCGUCCUCAAUGGCACGGGGGAGUCGAAAGUCCAAGGCAAGGGAAAGGGACCCGCCACGGCAAAGACUUCAAAAUCUGAAGCUACUACGAAGCCCUUCUUUGGCCCAGAACGGCCACCAGGCGCGCAGUCCAACGCUGUGGUUAAGAAGAGUGUGCGCUUCGACGACGGUGACGAAGAUGAUGAUGAUGUUGGGCCUGGUGAUGGAGAGCUCAGCUCAGACGAUGAAGACUACAACGACGUCGACUUAGACUUGGCGAAGAACAUGCUGGAGUCUUUCAAGGGCCAGGCUGGUAUGGCAGGCCCGGCCGGGAAUUUGAUGAGAGCGCUUGGCGUCAACAUGCCCAGGGACGAAGACGGCGAUUGA